CAGGUCAAUGCGGAAGAGCGAGACAGCACACAGUUUGAGUGUAGGCAGGCAGCAUUGACACUGUUCCCCCCUGUUUAUUGAGUUUCAGUUCAGUUAAACAUUAGUUUACCUUAAGGGAAUCUCAACAGUGUCCUACUUCUCCCUGCUUUAUCACAGCUGAUUGGUCAGAUAUUAUUACAUUGAUUAUGGAUGUGUAAGUUUGGGGGUUCAAAUAUAUAGUCAAAACUGCUUUAAUACAAUUUUCAAGGCAUCUUAGUUUCCAAAGAAAGUUCAUUGUGGUAUUGUAGGGUAAGAGGGUAACACUAAGCAUUCAGGAAUACAUGCUUCUUCUAGGAUAAUGGGUCAGUAAAAAUAACCAAUAAUUCUACUCAUAAUAACCUCCUGGCUCAUAGUAACAAGUGAGGUUACUAAUCACUAGUAUUUCUUCUCUCUUUUUUAGAUAACGCUUCGUGAUUCAUCACCAGUGGUGCACACGCACAACCAGUGCUCCUGUGUUGCAGGAACUGUUUUGUGCAAUCACACAGUAGCAUUGCUGUUCCAAACAGCACACUACACUGAACUGAACAUGCCAGUUGUGCCACCUGUGCAUAGCUGUACUGAAUCGGAACAGCAAUGGCACAAGCCGCGAACAAUGGUAAUUUCAAUGAGGUUCAAAUACUUGUAAUCUUUCACAGAGUUUUUGUUUUAAAGUGACUCAACGAACAGUAAUUGUCUUUUCCUUAAGGGUGUGAAGCCAGGGCCCAUCAACUCCAUGGUCUUCACCAAGCCUGUACCAAAUAGGAUGGUGCAGACUGGAGAGUGGAUUCUACAGAGGCAUGGUGGGGCCAUUACCAGAUCCCUGCCUGUUCAGAGUUACGGAGGCAUACUCAGCAUUCAGCAUUGAAGACAGGCCGCUUGUGACCACAAUGAACAUGAGACCUGACAAGCCCCUUGUGGAAAGUGCCUUCGGGAUUGUGCAGGAGGGCAGUGUUCUGUCCUAUCAGAUGCCUGCUUUGAUGUCUCGGUACACCACGCUUCACACUGACACACCACCAACACCCCACUUGCCCAUAGAGGGGUAUGUGAUCUUGCCAUGUGAUUUACCGCUGGUGUGCUCAGAAGAGGAGCAACUACAUAUGAACAGCUUAUCUGUUGAUUUGGAAAUGUCUCACAAAAUUGAGGAGGCUACCCGUGAGCAAAGCUCUAGCUCAGAGUGGCAUCUGCUCCGCAAACCCAGGGUUACUGCCUCUAGGUUAAGAGAGAUUUGUCACGUCAGAGAUGAGAGCUCUGCUAACUCUCUUGCAGAGCGAAUACUCAAAGGUACAAGGCAGACUGCAGAAAUGAGGAGAGGUGCCGAGAUGCAGCCCACAGUAGCAGCUGAAUACAGUAGACUGGCAAAUGUGAACUACUCCCCUUGUGGCCUUGUCAUUCACCCCUCUACGCCCUGGCUUUGUGCCUCCCCUGAUGGAGUUGUUUUUGACCCAACAGAAUAUCCCCAAUUUGGCCUUGUUGAAUUCAAAUGUCCCAAUGUCCCAAAUUAUGUCGACUGCAAAUAUGUGCAGAUGGAAUGUGGCUCCCCUAAGCUCAAGAAAAGCCAUGCCUAUUACUGGCAAGUACAGGGUCAACUUCUUGUAUCUGGGAUGCAGUGGUGUGAUUUUGUAGUGUGGGCACAAGAGGACUACCUGGUGCAAAGAAUAUACACAGAUCCAGAAGUGCAAAGAGCAAUCAGAGAAAAAGUAGACUUUUUUUUUUUUUUACACAUACAUGCCGAAGUACCUGUCAUUAAAAAAGUAGUGGGCACUGUAGCCAUUGUUAACUCUGUAAGCAGUUAGCUGCUAGACCCUGGCUCAGCCAUCAUUGUUUUUAGGAGGCAAUCCCUCAAUCAUGUGUUCUGAAUGACAACAAAAUGUGAUUUCAAUAUUUUGUUUUUGAUAUAUAUUGUUUGUCACAUUUCAUAUAUGUAAAUAAAUAUACAAUUGUAUUUAAAAA